UUUGUGCAUUUGCCAAUCCAAUCCGCAGUUUUGGAGUUGCUUUGAAAAAUGGGGAAGUUUCAAACUAUUGUGGUGCAGCUCGAAACUGAUUUCAAGUUUAUGUGGAUCACCAUGCAACCCGCGCAACAUUGACUUCGUCUACGUAAAGCUUUGUUGCAGAACUUGAAAUGAAGCUCAUGAAGACUUACGGCAGGCGCUACAAAGAUAGUUGUGAUAGUGACAUACCACAAAGGCAGUGGAGCCCAGAAGUGCUGGAAGUACCGGCGAAGAGAAGAACGGAAGCGCUAUUCGAUGAAUUGCUAUCCGUAUACCAAAACCAGUGCAGAUCCCAAAAACAGACGCAUCAAGCUACACGAGAGCCUCAGGAGAUAGAAGAAAUUCAUGGCUGCUUGUUCGCCGGGGAGGCAGCACCGUUACGGGAUGUAUUGAAGAGGCCCAAUCACGAAGGCAGCUCAAAUCCAUUAAAGCGAAAGAAUACAAACUGCAAAGGGAAAUAUGACAGCAACAAAGAGAGAUACAUCGGUGCACGCCUACAACCACCACCAACUUUCAAAAGCCCUGCAAGGAACAUGUCGGUUACAGUAUGCAGACAAAACAGAAACAAGGAAAAUAGUGGAACAACACCAGUGCAGUGGUCACCUCACUUCAUGAGCACACCUAUUCCAAGGCAGCAAUGCAUGCCUCUACAGGAUCAGGAUCACAAUCCAGCGGAUACAUCAAAGGGGUGCAAUCUGGAAGACAACUCAACUCUGUUAAAACAAAAGAAUGCAAGAUACAAAGGGAAAUGUGACAGCAACAACAAGAAAUGCCUCAAUGCCAACCAAAAAGUGCCGUCAUCUUUCCAAAGCCCGGCAAUGAAUAUUUCUGCAAUUUCAAAGCCCUGCAGACCAAAGAGAAAUGAGAUAUGUAACCAACCAGUGCAGUGGCCGCCUCAGUUCAUGAGCACACCUAUACAGACACAGCAACGCAUGCCCCUUCGGGAUCACAAUGCACAGGAUACAUCGAUCAGUGAAAUACAGUGCUGCAAGUUGUCUAACAAGAUGCAGAAGACACAGGUCAAAAAUGCGCCACCUCAGGCAACAGUAUCUCUGGUGACCAACAGUGACGAGAAAGACAAAAUGACCACAGUACCCGUGAUGGCCAAUCCAGCAUUGUCAGCCAGUAAAUGGAUAACCAUGCGGAAAAGGAACAAAAAAUCUGGCUCCACUUUCACACUGCAGACGCUUUUGGGGAACAGCAGAUCAAUUUCAGUCACGAAAGACGACGAUGUUUUAGUUGCAGAUUCAUUAGAAGAGUUGCAUUGUAUGGAUACAUUGAACAGCAGCAAAUCUGUGUUCACUGUGUCGGCAGAGAAGACGAUAUUGUCCCUUGGAAGAAUUCCUGGCAGAAGGGCGGAAAAGGUUCUCGUCUCUGAUGCAGCAUCUUCGACCACACCUGCGUUGGACUUCCAUCUGGUUAUGCCGGCAGAGGAGAACACAGUACACACGCUGUGCAACACUACUGUUUUAGAUGCACGAGAAACCCUGCUACGUCUUUGUAAUCAGAGUGCGGAGGCUACAUUUCAACAGGUUCUCAAGCUGAGGGGCAGCUGUUGCAGCAAGGUGGGAGAAGGCCUGUACGGAGAAGUGUUCUGUUGCAAAGGAGGGGUUUUCAAGGUGGUUCCUGUCGAAGGAAAUACAUUUGUCAAUGGGGAAAAACAGAAACUCAUGUUAGAGAUACUUCCUGAAGUUAUAAUCUCAAGGGAACUCAGCUCACUCGCUUCUACUGCGAAUAGGUCUGCAAAUUUCAUCCACAUGAGAAGGGUGCAGCUUGUUGAGGACCAAUACCACCCUGCCCUCCUGAAAGCUUGGGAUGCUUUUAAUGCAAAGCAUAAAAGUGAAAAUGACCGACCAGAUUUCUUUGAAGAGAGCCAAAAGUAUGUCGUGUUUGAGUUUGACAACGGUGGUACCUGUCUUGAGAAUUGGAAGAUAAACAGAGCUCAACAAGCCCAAAGCAUUUUUCUGCAAGUAGCUUGCACACUCGCAGCUGGAGAAGGUGCCCUCGAGUUCGAACAUCGUGACCUUCACUUGGGGAACAUCUUGAUAUCAAAGACUUCUCACAAGAAAAAGCAGUACCAGUUUGAUCGAAAAACUGUGCUCGUAAACACAGCAGGCCUCACAGUUGCAGUCAUCGACUAUACAUUGUCACGCAUGAAGAAAGGAGGGAGCAUAAUUUUCACGGACCUGUCCAACGAUGCCACUCUGUUUACGGGUGAAGGAGAUUACCAGUUCCAAGUGUACCGUCUCAUGAGAAAGAGCAAUAAGAACAACUGGGAAAGCUACAACCCUUACAGCAAUGUCCUGUGGCUGCACUAUCUGAUAGAUAAACUUCUCCAACACCGCACAAAUGUCAUUGAUCACAAUGAGGUCUGGCAACAACUCCUCUCUUGGUCAAAGCUGCUUCUGACAUGCAGUUCUGCUACAGAUUUUGUUAUCAACCACUGCUGAGAUUUGUGAAGGCCUUUGAUUGAGUGCAUGUACAGUAACAUUUCUCACUGUUUAGUUUGCACAAAGUCCUGAGAAAUUUUCCGUUGCAAGUCCUUCUCUAAGGUGUCCCGUUCCAUCUUCUUCUGGUUGAGCAUAUGUAAUAUGGUUGCUUCAUCCUGUAAACAAUUAUAUAACAAAGGAGUACAUUGUGAAUCAUUGUACCAUAAUGCCAAUAUGAUUUGCAAUGUUUAUGUAUUAUUACUAUACACGGCGUAAUUUUUCGGGUAUACCUCACUCCUUCAGAGAACUUUAACUGAGACAUUCAAUGUUAGGCAUACAUCAUACAUCAGUGUUUUAUCUAAUCACUGUACAUACCAUUGGAAAUUUGAUGUCACAUAAAGACUUACUGGUUGUA